GGUACCAACCAAAUUGUAAUUUACUUCCAUACAUCAAACAAAAUCAAAUUCCCAUGGAAGUAGACCUAUAAAAGGACUCAUAAGCGGGUCUACCAAGAACUAAAGGGCACAGUUGCAGUUCGCUUCCAUGAGAGUUUGAGUAGCUAAACAAAUUCAUUUCAAGACAAUGGAUUGCGGUGGUAAAAACAAGAGCAAGUUUCUUGCUGCAAGAAACAACAAGAUCUACAUGGACCUGAAGCUCAUAAUACGCGAGCACGCGCUUCAAUUUCUUCCCGCAAAAUCACUUUUUAAAUUCCGGGGAGUUUGCAGAGACUGGCGCCUGAUGAUCUCAACACCUUUCUUUGCCCACAACCAAUCCCUUUCAUACUCAUCGGUAUCGGGCAUGUUCUUCCAAAGCCAUGGAGACCCACCGACAUUCAUAUCCACUGACCCUGAAUCCUGUGGGGUCCCCGACCCCGCCUUGAGCUUCCUUCCAAGCCCUAUCGACAUCGUGGCAUCAUCCAACGGAUUACUCUGUUGCCAGGCGAAAACCGGCGAUCGGGCUUACUAUAUUUGUAAUCCUGUCACAAAGCAGUGGAAAAAACUCCCGAAACCAAGCAUGGAACAUGGUCUUGAACCAGCUGCUGUUCUCAUUUUCAAACCUUCGCUACUGAAUUUCGUAGCGGAGUAUAAACUCAUAUGUGCCUUUCGCUCCAAUGAUUUUGAUGAUGCUACAGAAUUCGAAAUCUAUUCUUCGAAAGACGAUGCAUGGAAAGUAUCCGGGGAGAUAAACUUUUCUGCCAAGAAACUGAUUGCUAAAUCGGGUGUGUGUGUGAAUGAUGUUGUGUAUUGGCAGUCAUCUCAUGGAAGUAUUUUGGUUUAUGAUAUGACAAAAGAUCGGUCUCAGGUCAUACACGGGUGUUACAGUGGUCACGGGACUUUAGGAGAGUUUAACGGGAAACUGUGUUCGGCUUCUGUUAACGGACGCACGUUAACAGUUAAUGUCAUUUCAAACAUAUACUCCAACACUAUGCAUAUGGGCAGCCGUGCCCAGUUAUGGACAGACAAGAUAAGAAUCCCUUUAAUCACUGAAAUGUUCAAUGUCAGUUCAUAUGAUCUUUUUCCUGUUUUAUAUGCUGGGAGUGAAAUCGCGUUGGUUUUAAGUGGGCGGAGUAUUUACCGUUGUGAUUUGAAGACCACAGAAGUCAGGUUUCUUGUUGCGUUACCUCGGCCUGAGCAAAAGGGGAUACCUUACGUUAACAGCCUUGUUGCUCUAUGAGAUCGUUUCAGGUAUGUUCGCAUGUCGUCGAUUGUUUAUAAAUCUUGGAUGCUCUAGAAACUUGUUUGAAUUUUCUUUAAUAUUUUAUAAGUAUUCAGAAACCUCCUUAACUGCUUCUGUGUUUGGUGAAUCUUUUGACCCUUUAUAUGGAUUUCUGAUAUUCAUCCUUUUGACUUGA